AUGACAUCUACACAACAACAAGGUAUCUCAUCUGAUCGUAUUUGUGGUCCAGUUGGACUCAAUGUUAAUCAUCUCGAAUGUGCCAUUUGUCAUGAAUUACUUUGGAAACCAGUUGCCUGUCAAUCAUGUGAAACACCUUUCUGUUCAACAUGUAUUCACCAAUGGAUAGUCAAUCAUCCAAAACAGUGUCCGAAUCGAUGCAAAACAUACAUUGAACGGAAAUGUCCUCCACUACUUGCUAAACUACUUUCUGAAUUACAAAUUACUUGUUUCUAUGAAUCUAAUGGUUGCGACCAAGUAUUUAAAAAUCAAUUAUAUUUUUAA